UUAAAUUCUAAUAUUAAAGAAUUAAUUAAUGGAAACUUUUAAAAGAGGACCUUUACGUUUGACAGAGAACGAAAUAGACGAAUUGAUGAAACGACAACCACAUUUAUUGAAAUAAAGUUAUGAUUAAAUUCCAAAUUUAACUCCAAAUUCUCAAGAAGUAAUAAGUAGAUAAGCCACAAUUAAUGUUGGUACAAUUGGACAUGUUGCUCAUGGAAAAUCAACAUUAGUGAGAUCAGUAUCAACAAUAAAGUAUAUGAUAUGUUAAUACAUAAAAGUACAGUGCGUUUCAGAUAAGAGAGAGUGAGAAAUAUUACUAUUAGACUGGGAUAUGCUAAUGCAAAGAUUUUUAAAUGUCCAAAAUGUCCUGAACCUUAAUGUUAUUAAUCAUUUUCAAGUGAGAAAUAAUCAAAUGCUUAAUGUGAAUUAUGCAAAGAAGUAAUGAACUUAGAGAGACAUAUAUCUUUUGUGGAUUGUCCAGGACAUGAUAUAUUAAUGUCUACAAUGUUAACUGGUGCUGCUGUUAUGGAUUGUGCAUUACUUAUUGUAGCUGCUAAUAUGCCUUGUCCAUAACCAUAAACAUAAGAACAUUUAGUUGCUUUAGUAAUUACUAAAUUAAAAUAUGUCAUUGUCAUUUAAAAUAAGGUUGAUAUUAUCUUUAGAGAUCAACAGGUAAUUUGAUUAUUAAUGAAGCAAAGGCUGCUCUAAGAAAUUAUGAAGAAAUCACUAAGUUUAUUAAAGGAACUAUAGCUGAAGAUUCUCCAAUUAUACCAGUAUCUGCAUAAUUGAAAUACAAUAUUGAUUGUGUUCUUUAACAAAUUUGUAAUUUUUUUCCAAUUCCUACUCGAUAAUUAUAAGUACCACCUAAAAUGAUUAUUAUUAGGUAAUCUAUAUAUAAAUAUAUAUUAUUUUAAUAGAUCUUUUGAUGUAAAUAAACCUGGUGAAAAACCAGAAAAUUUACAUGGAGGUGUUGUUGGAGGUUCAAUUCUUUAGGGAAUACUUUCUGUAGGAGAUGAAGUUGAAAUUAGACCUGGUAGAUAAUCUAAAAAUGGCACUCAAACAACUUGGCAUCCAAUAAUUACUAGAGUUGUCUCUCUUUAAGCUGAAUAAAAUGAAUUAAUAUAUGCUGUUCCAGGUGGUCUUAUUGGAGUUGGAUUAUUAGUUGAUCCAUCUCUUACUCGUAAUGAUAAUCUUGUAGGAUGUGUUUUAGGAUUUCCUAAAUAAUUACCUGAACUAUACAGAGAAUUAGAAGUAUAUAUCUUUGUUUCUAAUUUAUUUAGAUCAAUUAUUAUUUAAUGGUCUCUGUUGUUGGUGCUCAAUAAUAAGAUGGUAAAACUUAAAAAAUUACUAAAAUUUUAUAAGAUGAAACCUUGAAAUUCAAUGUAUUGUCCAAUGAAACACCUGGUAAAGUUAUUGAAGUUAAAGAUGAUGUAAAAUUAUUAUUCUAUAUAUCUUAGAAAAUAAUGAGAGUUGCUCUCAAUAAUCCAGUAUGUACUGGCUUGUAAGAAAAAGUUGCAUUUAGUAGAAGAUUAAAUAAUAAAUUUAGAUUAAUUGGUUGGGGUAUUAUUACAAAUGGAAGAACAAUCACAUUAUGAAAUCUAAAAAAGAAAUUGCA